AUGGUGAUCUACGUGGACUAUGCGCGGGAUGCCUACGCUUCCUUCCCCCCUCAAAGUAGUAAAGACGCGCAGCGUUUGCUCUCGGUGGAAGCUGUGGCACUGAAUUCUUCAGCCGGUACUAGCAUACCGGUCGCCUUAUCGGCCGACCAUGUUGAUGAAAGUGGGACAGAAGGCGUGGAUGCCGAGGCCGGGGAUAGCUCCAGUGCGGGUGGUCUGGAUCCCGUUUCUUCAAAGUUCGCUUUAGCUUUGAGCUGCUAUCCUUCAUACUUGGGCGGUGGUCUUGGCGCCGGCAUUGGCGACACCUGCCAGGGCGUGCAGUGCGGACGGGAAGAUAAAUGUCUUGCGGCGGAAGAGAUUGAAGUUGAAGUCGACUGUGAAGUCGAUGACUGGGUAGCAGAACAUGCGGACCAUUCGCUCCCCCACCAUGGUGACGGCCAUCAUGCCGAUGGCGAGGGCCCAGGGUAUUUGAGGCAAGAGAUAAUGGGCGUUGGCGGUGUGGUAAAGCACAAGGUGAAGAAGCGGGUAAAGAUAGGUGCAAGUGUGGAGGAGCGCGAAGAUGAGCGCGAAUCCUCCGUAUACUUGCAAAAGGAAGCUUCAGGAGAGGCCAGGAGCUGGUGUGGAUGGUGCUUUCGGGUGGUGCCAAGCAAGUCAGAGCUUAACUAA